AGUUAUACAGACAAUCAUAGAGCAUUAGACAAUUCAAUAUGGCGGGCACUGUACUUGAGAACCUCUCCACUAAGAAGUUACUGAUAAUGGUGUUUGGUUUGCUGUGUUUGCUUAUUGGAUUCGUAUUAAUCGGAGCUCUUGUAGCACCUCGACCAUCGAUGACCAUCCAGCAAACUGCGCAAGCUUGUCGAGGAAACCCCAAACAACAAUUUGUUCUUCCUCGUGUUUGUCAGCACGCGUCACUGGACCAUGGAAGUCCCAAUGACGUCGUAUUUUCUGUGUUAAUACCUAAAGGAGGAAUGCCAAUGAUACCUUGGUUCCAAUACAUGUUGACUCUGCUUUCAUUCAGCAAUAUUUAUAAACAUGAUAAUCAAUAUGUCCCAGGUACCCAGCUACACAUGAACAUUACACUGGCAUACAGUGACCAUCCUGCUGCCCAUAUUGAACAUGAUGUAUGGACUCUUCUCGCACAAUCGGAUGAGGUUAUCAGAGAUUAUGAAUGCACGUUUGAUUACGAGAAGUCGGAGCAAUCAGACGACCACCAAUACGACUGUGACUACAUGUACCUUUUCCAACUUGGGUCUGUCCCGCAUAAAUAUUAUUUGGUCAACAUAAGACUGCCUGUUGAUGAGAGACACCCAGAGACUUCUAAGAAUAUGAAAACGGGGAAAAUUACAGAAGCCAACACAGUGACCAUCACACAAACUGGAGGUUUUACAAAAGUUUGGAUCAGUUUAAAAGUUGCUUUGUUCACUACCAUGAUAUUUCCUCUGGUUUGGUUUUGGAGGCGAGUUUCUUCACUUUCAAGAAAAUCUUUGCUGAUUGAAAAAUCAAUCUUUGCUCUCGGCCUCUCCCUGUUGUUCCUCAAUCUCCCGUUAGAGUUGUUCACCAUCUUCCUCCAUGCUCCCUGGAUGUUGCUCUUCACUGAUCUUCGACAAGGUUUCUUCUACGUUGUCCUCCUGUCAUUCUGGGUCAUCUUCAUAGGGGAACAUCAGAUGGACCAAGCUCAUAGAAACAAAAUAUCUUCGUAUAAAUGGCAACUUGGUAGUAUUUGCGUCACUACGUUAUCCUUGCUUGGAUUUGAACUUGCAGAGAGAGGAAUGCAGAUCAUGAACCCCUUUGCCACUGUAUGGUCCCACCCAUCUGCAGCUUUAGCACUCCUAGUGGUAGCGAGUAUUGGUGGAGGAAUCUAUCUCCUCCUUAUUUGCUUCCUCGUGUUCAAAGUUUUCCGAUCGAUUCGUUUCAAACGAAAGUUCAAUUUAUCAAAAGAAAGAUCUGAAUAUUUCAUCUCGGUCGUCAACAGAUUUCGAACCUUGAUGUUGUUGUCUGUGGUCACUGCAAGUCUCACUGUUGUCUUCUUUAUAUUGGAACAAAAAUUGGACGGGGUGUUUGAAGGUUUAUUCUCCAAGGAUGUAGAAGUGGCUUCAGCGUUCUUCACUGGGGUGUAUGGCUUGUGGAACAUUUAUAUUUUCCUCAUAUUAUCCUUGUAUGCGCCAUCACAUAAACUAUAUGACUUGGAUAAUGACGAGAAUUCUGAACAAGAGCUAGUUGGCGUGCAUCAGAAUCUGCUGAAUAAUCAUAGCGACCUGUUUGAAAUGACUCAGCAAAAAGAGAGAGAGGAUUAAACGCUGACUCAUGACGAUGAAAAGUUUGUAAACAAUUUUAUUUCGCACAAUAUUUAGACAAGACUAUAACCACAUGAAAUAUAGGGUUGGCUGUUUACCUUGUAAAAUGGGAUAAUUGGCCAACUCUGGCCUGAAUUCCAGGUUCCAUGGCAUGCCACAUUGUAGGUACCUCACCAUAUAGAAUAGAAUGUGCAUAUACAAUGUUGGGGUAAUGGACCAACUCUGGCCUAAAUCCGAGGUCCCAUGGCAUGCCUCACUGUAGAACCUCACCCAUAUAGAAUAGAAUGUGAAUAUACAAUGUUGGGGUAAUGAGCCAACUCUGGUCUAAAUCCUAGAUCCCAUGGCUUGCUCUUUAUAUAAGUAUGACUGUCACUGCCUACACUCCAAUCAAAUCUUCUUCCUAAUUAAGCCUUUAUCUUUAUACAACGCUUGUUAAGGUGGUAGCAUAUGUAGGUGCCUUGUGUUUUUGCAAUCAUUCUGUAAACUAUUCCAUUUUUCUAUCAAAGUUUUCUGUAAACGUGAGUGGUGUUAAGGUUCAAAAUUUUGUUGUACGCAAUGUUCAUCUUUCCUGCUUACGUUGCUUUUCGUAAAUGAUUUUUAGGUCUGCUUAGCAUAAAUAUUUCUUUUUUUGUUUUUUUUUAAGCGGCAUUUACACCAAGGAGUAGCUAACCUUAAUGUAAAAGUAUAAACAAAAAAAUAUUACACCCAGCGUUGUUCAGCGCAGGUCAGCGUAGAUAUUUCUUUGUAUUUCUUCUUUUAAAGAGGUGUUUACACUUCAGCGUAGCUUUUUUAGUUCAACCAUACUUCAUCUAUUUAAUCAUACAAUCAAACGUCUAUAAUUAAAUCAUAUUAAAAGCAAUGAAAUAUAAUUCUACAUGACACACGCGCAGUAUUACACAACUACUAUUACACUUUCAGCAAUUAUGUGUUUGAUUUAUAUUUGCCAAAAUAUGUUUUUCUACUUUUUUACACCCAGUAAAUUUGACUUUCAUUUUUGUAGCAAAUGUUAAACUAAAACUAUUCCAAAGCUGCACUGUAAAUACUAAAGCUUCCACCCUUGUAUAACAAUGCUUCUCAACCCCUGGCUCAAUAUUUCAAUUAAUUGGGUCGUCUACUACAGUAAUUCACAAAUCUUUUUCUGCUAUUAUAAAAGUUAAUUUUUUUUUAUGCUUAACACUUUUUGUGUGAAAUUUAAUUCCAGAAAGUCGCCAAAGCUUUGCUAUUACUAUAUGGUCAGACCUAAUACUUGGGUUGCUGCUAAAAGGUUGAGAAGCACUUUGUUAUUACAUUAACUGGUGCCUUUGUUUUAUAAUAGUAUCCAGAUAUUCCUUGCACAGUUUAUACAGUAUUACUACAUGGGUCUUAUCUUACUAAUAAUUUCCACUUUGUCAUAUUGUGGUAACUUCUGUUUGGUAAUAAAGCAGCUCAAAUAUUGUAAA